UAUUUUUAAGCAGACUGAAUAAGGCUGAAAUGAGAACUGUGGCCCAAAGGAUGCUAAGGACCUGCAACAAACUGUUUACAAGGAAGACCCCAAACGACAGCGCCGAAGCCCACCCGUCCAACAUUGAAACGGCCGCCCAGAUGGAGAACAUCCGGCAGCUGAACGACAUGGAGGCGACCCGGGCGUACGUGCGCCACGUGGAGGCGGCGGGCGAGCGCGCCCACCGCGGCGGCGGCUGGCUCCUGUCCAGCAUCGUGUGCGUCAACGUCCUCAUCCUGGGCUGCGCGCUGGUCAGCAGCAGCGCCUUCAACCGCGUGGCCAUCACGGCCGUCGACCGCCAGAUCUUCCUCAUGGUCCUCCUCGCCCUCACGGUGCUCUGGAUGCUCUUCUACGCCACAGUCACCUACCGGAAGAACAAAGACCUGGUGACUCAGGACAGCCACGCCGGGCCUGCGUGGCUCCGAGCUGGACUAGUACUGUUUGGCCUGCUCAGUCUGCUCAUGGACAUCUUCAAGAUGGCCAACUACAUUGGCUACCUCCACUGCGACUCCGCCGUCAAAGUGGCCUUCCCUGCCGUGCAAGCGGUCUUCUUAUUCGCCCAGACGUACUUCCUGUGGGUCCACGCGAAGGACUGCGUGCAGGUCCACACAAAUGUCACGCGGUGUGGCCUCAUGCUCACAUUCUCCACUAACCUGGUAGUGUGGAUGGCGGCCGUCACCGAGGAGUCGCUCCACCAAACGGGCGCUCCCCAGCCGAACCUCAGCAUCCCGUCCAAGAUGUACAGAGACAGUUACGACCAAGUGGUGAAGUGCAGCUGCAGUCACUCUGCGUGCAGCGCCUUCAAGGAGGCCUUCUACUACCUGUACCCCUUCAACAUCGAGUACAGCCUCUUCGCCUCGGCCGCGGCCUACGUGAUGUGGAAGAACGUGGGCCGCCUCGUGGACGACCGCGGCCACCGCAGGGCCAAGUUCCGUCCCAAGGAGGCGCUCGCGGGCCCCGUGAUCGGCCUCCUCCUCGUGGCGGCGGGCCUGGUGACGUUCAUCGUGUACGAGGUGGAGAUCACCCUGGAGGACGAGACCGUGCGCCGCAACGCCCUGCUCAUCCAUUUCGUCAUGAACGUCGUGAUCGUGAGCCUCAUGUGCAUCUCUACCGUGGCGGGCUGCGUGGUCUACCGGCUUGACCGCCGCGAGCACGUGUCCGAGAAGAACCCCAGCCGCAGCCUGGAUGUGCAGCUUUUGGUGGGGGCCUCCGUGGGCCAGUUCAUCAUCAGCUACUUCUCCAUCGUGGCGGCGGCGGGAACGGGGGCUCGGGACCCCCUGGACGCCCUCAACUUGUCCUGGGCCGUCCUCACGGUGCUGCAGCUGUGCCUGCAGAACUACUUCAUCAUCGAGGGCCUGCACCGCGAGCCCUUCCACGUCAUGCGGGAGGACGCUCAGCACACCAACGCGAGCGCCGUCACCAAUGGGCGGAAGUCCAGCUGCCUGCUGACGGCGGCCACGCGCCCGAACUGGAAGAGGAGAGUCUUGAAGGAAGUGUGCGCUUUUCUGAUGCUCGCCAACAUCAUCCUUUGGAUCAUGCCGGCCUUUGGCGCUCGGCCUCAGUUCGACCACACCGUGGAGAUCAAGUUCUACAAGUUCAGCAUGUGGACGGCCGUCGUCAACAUCGGACUCCCUUUCGGAAUCUUCUACCGCAUGCACUCGGUGGCCAGUCUCUUCGAGGUCUACAUCAUUUCAUAGUUCUCGCCCCCUUUUUUAAAAAUGUUUAAAAAUGUGUUAUAAAUAAA